AUGUUUUUGAUUACUGGAAUUAUUAACCGCAUCUCUGCUAUUAUCAACUGGUUCUUUCGUCUUUGGGUGUUUAACUUUGGAUGGCUAUAUGUUCUUUUUUUUAAUUUACCUAUUGAAUAUGUGAAGCGUUUUAUCAAUGUUAGACUUGACUGGAUCAAAUUUAAAUCGAAUAUUGGGGGGAUAUCGCAUGGGAGGAAAGUUGCGGGAGUACAGAGACAGAUCAACAAAUGGCACAAAUUAAAUGAGGGCAAACCACACCGUCAAAGACAACGACUCACUACAAGCAGCAUGGAUAAUUGUCAACAAAUGUGCUUUACUAGACCAGAAUAUAAAAAGGGAAUGUACAAAAUCAAUUUGGACAAUCUUUGUAAUAUUGUGGAGCUAAACAUUACUUCAAAAUUUGUGCGUGUUGAACCAAAAGUCAGCAUUGACCAACUCCAACGUGCUCUUCUUCCCUUAGGUUAUACACUUCCGGUAGUUCCGGAAAUUGGAGACUUGCAAAUUGGAGGUUUAGUGUUGGGGGCAGGCAUAUCUUCGAGUAGUGCAAAGAAUGGGCUUUUUCAACAUUCUUGUUUGGCUUACGAAAUUGUGACUACAAGUGGGGAAUUAAUUAUUGCCGAGAGGGAAGGUGCGCACCAGUCAUUAUUCUUCGGCAUUCCCUGGUCGCUUGGUUCGCUCGGUUUCCUAGUCUCUAUCACCCUCAAAAUUCGAGAAUGCCCUCCAUAUAUCAGACUUCAAUACCAACCCUGUUAUUCCACGAAAGAAUUGACUGGGCGAAUAGAAGAAUUAAUUAUGAAGAAGAAAGCCGAAAAUGAAUUUGUGGAGGCAAUUCAAUAUGAUAAGGAAUGCUCAGUUUUAAUUAGUGGAACUUUUAUUGACAAAAUACCUAGAAAUGAUAGAAAUUAUAAAAAUAAUAUUGGAAGGUGGUACAAGCCUUUCUUUUAUUUAUAUGUGAAGAAAAUGUUGGAAAGUGGAGGGUCCAAAACAGAAUAUAUUCCAACAACCCAAUAUUUUACUCGUCAUUGGCGUUCUCUUUUCUGGGAGCUACGUUCAAUUCUUCCUUCCUUAUUUUUACUAUUCCCCUUCCGUUGGAUUAUUGGAUGGUUUCUGCCGUUGUCUCUUCCUUUUCCAAAAACUUCUCGUGUUCGUCGACUUUAUUCAAAACAACAUGUUUUGCAGAAUAUUAUGGUUCCUCUAAGCGAUUUACAAGAAGCGUUGAAACUUGUUGAUAAAGAGAUGAAGAUUUAUCCCCUCUGGCUCUGUCCGUUUCACUUGACAGCUCAUACUGGACUUGUUCGGAAUCAACACGGACUUAAACUAAUGUACGUCAAUAUUGGAAUAUAUGGGCAACCACGCUUGACUCAAAGUUUUGAUGAAGAAGAAAGUAGUUCUAAUACAGUGGCUGAAAAGAUUAAGACGUUGGAGGGUUAUUUGAGAGAAGUUAAGGGAUUCCAAAUGCUAUGUUCUGAUUCUCAACAAAACGCCGCUGAGUUUUGGGAAAUGUUUGAUGCGGCUCUCUACGAUUGGUUGCGUGCUAAAUAUGACUGUAAAGUUUCUAUUCCUUCAGUUUUUGAAAAAGUAUAUGCAGAGAAUAGGACAAAAUGA